ACAAGUUCCUUAUAUGUGGGUACAUAGUAAUCAAAAUACUGGCUUGAGAAACAUUUUACUUAACCUUUUUCGGCCUUUGUUAAACAGUUCAUUAAAAUUAAAAAAAAAAAAAAAACAAUAAAAAACAAAGAAGCCUAGUGAAAUGAUCAGUACAACAAUGAAGUAAUUUUCUCCCUUUGUUAAAAUGUCAAUCAGAUAAUGAUUAAAAACAAAACACAGUGUAACAUAAACCCUGGUAGCUGAUUAAUAAUAGUGACUGACAACUCAAAAAAAGAAUUAAAAUAAAUGUAGGUUAACGAAAGUGUAACACAGAAAAUCAGUCAAUUAUCAAGUUCAGAAUAAUCUUUCAUUUAUAAGAAAAAAGUCGGAAGAGUGCUGGCAAAACAGCCAAUAGAAAAUGUAACAACAUACUUUAUAAAGACAAACAUGGAGAUCUGAAAUGACUGUAAAUAUCAAUGGGGUCUGGUUCUAGUAAAAAAAAGGAACAGGUCCGAUGGGAGGUUGGUGAUGAACCGCCAGAGGAAAAUAAAUUUAUAAAUCGAGAAUGGAAACCGAAAGUAAUAAAACUGAAGAAAAGACGAGCGAUACCAGAAGGAAUGUUUGGCGUUAAGGUUCUUGAUGAUGAAUUUGAGUGCAAUAUAACGAGUGCAGCCUUUUUACCGACAGGAGAUAUUUUUGUCGUUGACCAAGCAAACAAGAAACUGAAAUUGUUUGAUAAAUCGUACAGAUUUCGUGCCAGUGCCCAAGUACCGUCAAACCCACUCAGUGUAUGCGCAGUUCCAAAUGGGCCAUUUGCUUAUGUUACAUUUCCUGCAUCAUGUCGCAUACGACAAAUUGAAACUAACAAAAAUGAUAUGAAGAGGCUCGAAACAAUACAAACUAUCGGAAAAUGUACAGCUAUCGCAAGUAAUAAAUUUGGAGGACUUGCCGUGGCUGUAAAUAUGACAGGAAACCAAUGGCAAAUUCAUCUCAUGAAUUCUAGUGGGAAAAUCCAGAAACGUGUUCAUGGUGAAAAUCUAUUUUUAAAUCCUGAGCACAUCGCCAUAACUGAAGACCUGAACCUUGUGAUAUCGGAUCGUGGAAACCACACCAUCUAUCACAUCACUCCUGACGGUUAUGUCAUAUUCGCGUAUAAAGAAGUAAAAGGUCCACUAGACUGUUUUAUUGACAAACUUGGCUAUAUCUAUGUUUCUGGACCAGAAAAAAUCCAUCAACUGAAUGAGAGAGGAGAAAAGGUCUCGUAUGUUAUUUCAAAAGCAGACAUAGGCUUUUCCCCUGCAGCACUUGCAUAUAGAGAAAAGGACGAUCUUUUUCUCGUUGCUGGGAAGUCAGAUAAAAUCAAACUGUACUCUCUAAAAAAUUUCUAGGAGCAGUUAUUCUAUUGACUGCUUGUAACAACUUGUUUAUUUGUUGUUUUAUGCUGGUCAUUUAAAGGAAUUAAGAGAGCAUACUAACUGCUGAUUUUAACAGAAAAAUUGACACUCAUGCAAAACGUGGAUUUUUUUUAUACUUUUACAAUUUUCUUUUCAAGAACUAAGCUUAAAGUUUAUCAUUUUCUACAUUUUGUCA